UUUGGUGAAAAGUGAAAAUGUGACGCUUUAUCCGUUAAGUACAUAGUUACCCAUUCUAAAAUACAUUGACAGCAAAUAUGUGAAUAUCUUGUCCCUGUUUAUCAGCACGUGUCUAAAAGAGAAACAACUAUUGCUGAGUUAGAACGAUUGGAGUAUAGCUUUGGAGUAUGGUAUUCGACAGACGACUGAGAUUGUGAGGUUAAUUUAGGUUACGUCAGACAAAGCAGUCACUCGUGGCGAUAACAGAUGUACAAGAUGUGUCAAGUUGAUUUAAGUUUUAUAACAUGCUAUUUUGCACCUUCACAAUAAGAUUGUGAUUCUAUAAAUUGCAAUUAUGGACAAUUAUUACGCCAAUUUGAGCGUGUAUGAUUCUCCAUCACCGGAGACUUGCAUUCCAGUACCUAGACAUAAUACAACAAUAAUUACAGAUGUAUAUGCUGGUAUUCCAGAGAAUUUGUUAUUAAAUUUUAUUGGAUUUGUGUUUCUCGUUAUAUUGUUUGGCCUACUGCGUAAGAAGGCAUGGAACUAUGGCCGAUUGGCAUUACUACACAAAACAGAUAACAGAUGGAUGGAAUUAUUCUUCGGUGAUAAUGAUAGCAGGGAUGCUGAUAUAACAUGUAUAGAAGCAUCCGUCAAUACUCAAUUAUCUCAAGUUGAUAGAGGAUUUCUGUCAUGGAUAGUUACUGCAUUCAGAGUAACGGAUGAGGAAUUGUUGAGACGUGCAGGACCUGAUGGCUUACUAUAUAUUUCUUUUGAACGUCACCUAAUCAUAUUAACAGGAAUGAUGGUGAUCGUAUCCCUUUGCAUAGCAUUACCAAUAAAUUUUCAUUGUAAUAUGCAAGGUGACAAUGCUACGUUCAGUCACACAACAAUAUCGAAUCUUGAUCCAACAUCUUCAUGGAUUUGGGUCCACACAAUUUUGAUCUUAUCUUAUUUGCCAAUCGGAGGAUUCGUCAUGAGGCGUUUCAUGAAACAAGUAAGAGAUGCGAGGCCAGCAGGUGAAUUAGCAGCUCGCACUCUACUAAUAACAGAAAUACCAAAACACCAAUGCAACGUAGAGAGUCUUGCUCAGUAUUUCAGGGAAGCAUUUCCCACAUUAACCGUAGAGAGCAUAACCCUGGCACAUGAUAUCAGAAGAUUGUCAGCUCUUGACGAGAUGAGAGAUUGUGCGGAACAGGCACGUCUGUAUUGCGAAAAUUAUGCCAGACGCAAGGAACCACUACGUCUCUACCCAUAUCCCUGUGGCCAAGUGAUUGGCUGUUGCUGUAAAACAGUAGAUGCUAUAGAAUUUUAUACCAACGAAGAAAUACGUUUGACUGCGCUUGUAGAAGAGGAGAGAAAGGUCGCCCUGAGCAAACCACUUGGAAUAGCCUUUGUUACCUUAGGUACACCCGGUGCUGCGAGAACAAUGCGCCGACAAUUACGUUCUGCCCCAUCGGUAAAGUGGACAGUGGAAUACGCACCAGCACCUUCUGACAUCUUCUGGGAGAAUCUUAGCAUAGCAAGACCAUGCUGGUACCUUAACGCUACCUUGAUUAAUCUAGCAUUGGGAAUUACUCUAUUCUUUCUCACAACACCUGCUGUGAUAGUAACAGCAGUUAACAAACUACCAAUUACUGGAGAGAUAAAAAAUCUCAGUCCAAUAGUAUCAUCCUUCCUGCCUACUGUUAUGCUAGUGAGUGUAGCUGCCUUAAUGCCUGCAUUAGUUGGCCGGAGUGAAGCUCUGGUUAGACACUGGACGAGAAGUGGAAUGAAUCGAGCUGUUAUGAGAAAAACUUUACUUCUUCUGUUACUCAUGGUUCUGAUACUGCCUAGUCUUGGACUGACCAGUGCCCAAGCUUUUUUAGAUUGGACAGUGAAUGCUGGAAACAAUACAGGAAGAUGGGAAUGUGUCUUCUUACCUGAUCAGGGUGCACUUUUUGUUAACUACGUGAUCACAGCAGCAUUAUUAGGAAGUGGUUUGGAGCUGGUAAGAUUUCCUGAACUGGCUCUAUAUACUUUUCGACUGUGUAUAGCAAGAAGUCGUGCAGAACGUAUACACGUUAGAAGAGCAGUUUUAUGGGAAUUUCCACUAGGUGCUCAUUACGCAUGGCUGCUAUUAGUAUUUACAAUGACUACUGUUUAUAGUGUGGCGUGUCCUUUGAUAACGCCAUUUGGAUUGCUUUAUCUUUUAGUAAAACACCUGGUGGACAGGCACAAUUUGUGCUUUGCAUAUGGUCCAAGUGUAGGCGGAGGUCAGUUAGCAGGAGCAGCUGCAGGUGCAGCGGGCGCUGCACCUGUAUUGGCACAAGCUGCUCUUUUAGCAUUAGGACUAGUUAGAAGAGGUUUGUCACCCUUAGCUGCAGUACAGCUUAGUGGUUUAGCUGCUAGUAUUCUGGGCCUUGUUACCGGGGCUACUUUGCCUGCUUCCAAGCCGAAGGUUCAAGCACCACCACGAGAUCUGGCAACUGGUCAAAGCUUCAUAGCACCUGUGUUACGCAAAAAGUUUACAUACGGUUCUCCUGUAGAGACUAUAUCUACCGGAGGGUCCAACUCUGAACUCAGUUCACCAGUCGCGAGGAGCUCGAAUCUCGAUGUGGAGGAAAGUCCAAAGCUUUAUCAGAAUUAUGGUAGACAGCCCAGAGUAUAGACGGGCUGCUUUCGUCUAUGGCAAAAGGAUAUUUCAGUAUAACUGAAUCCACGGCAUUACGUGGACUUAGUGCAAUAAUAAACGAAAAGGAGAAUGCUUUCGUCGGCAUUUUCGAAAUUAUAAUGGAACUUAACAAUGCAUACUUCCGUUCAAAGCGAUAAAUGCAUAAACAGUAUAAGAUAACAUUAAUCAAAGAGCAUCUUCGGCGAGAACAAUUUCGUAAUCUUUUAUUGUCGUUAUUAAUUUUUAUUUCUAAUCGUUACCCGCUCGUGAUAAUUAUUAAUACUUCAAGUGCUAUUAUUUUCUACAAUUACUAACAAAUCUGUACAUUCAUCUUGUAACGCUGUGCAAUAUUUUAUAUCAAUUUGAAAAUUGAUUCAAUUGAUUGGGUGAAAAAUUCACUUGCUAAUUUCAGUGCUACGGAUAUUUUUUAUUAUCUGAUACUAGGUUUUAAAGCACUAUUUUCUGGGAAACGAAAUUUUUUGUCAUACUUUCAUUCCAGUUUUUUUGGUUUGGCAAGGUGAUGUUUUUGCUUCCGUAAGUGAUUUUACAUGUCUCUCCCGCAGAUUAUAUAAAAUAUUUUCAGGAUAAUUAUAAAUAAGUAUGAAGGAGUUUAUACGGUCUUAAAGAGACACUGAUCGGGUAUUCGUUAACAUUAAAUGUAUUAAGAAUAAUCGAUUUUUCGAUUAAAACAGUCGUACAAUAUGUUUUUCCUUUUCUUUUUUUGUUACUUUUAUCUUUAGCACCAGAAAAUCAUAAUACUGUAAUCCUAUUGGUACACUCGCGUCAAAUUAUCCCAUUGAUUACCCUCAUCGGUUUUGGAGAGUAACGCACAAUCUUAAUUAUGACUGUAAAUUAACAUAAAAAAACUGCGAGCUUCUAGUUUGACUUGAUUAAUUCGGCCUAAGUUUCUACUUUACUUUCAAUUCAAUAAAACCAAAUGUGUGGCUUGGUAA